AACCGAAAAAUGAGUACUAAUAAUAAUACCACCUUCAAGACCAACAAUACCUCCAAGAUUAAUGAUAACACCACUUUCAAGACCAAUGAUAGUAAUGCCCCCAAAACUAAUGACUCCAAUCCAAAAAACGAUCAAAAAAAGCUAUCUGGCGUGGGCAUAAUUCUUGAUUAUCUAAUUAUCCUG